AUGAACCGGCUCCAAACCGCCAGCCAGGCCCACAUACUGGGAAACGCGUUUGAUGUGGCGAAGUCCGAUCAUGUGACAUCUAGUGUAACGUUUUACUGCAGAGUGCGUGCCAACGGAGGUCUGGAGUCUCUGAGUGGAACUGAGAGAAGGAAAAGCGGCGGAUCUCCCAGGCGACCAGGCGUCCAAUGGGAGCGCGGCGUGCCUGAGUUUCAGUUAGGAAUGCGCCGUGCUCUCGAACCCCGGCUUCUCGUGGGCAGCCGCUGCUCCCUGGCGUGCCCCGCCCCGCCGGGCCCCGCCCCCGACCCCGACGCCAGCGCCGGCGCCAUCCAGCUGGAGCUGGUCCCCGCCCGGCAACUGCACGACGACGAGGGGCGGGGCCCCGCCCGGCAACUGCACGACGACGAGGGGCGGGGCCCCGCCCGGCAACUGCACGACGACGAGGGGCGGGGCCCCGCGCAGGCCACGCCCGCCGCCCCGCCCCCGGCCACGCCCCCGGCCGCGCCCACGCCCGCGCGGGCCCAAGCUCCAGACUACCUCGACUGCAUCUCCAACCAAUCACGGCUGGCCCUGGGGGUGGAGGACAGGGGCUCUCUGUUCGGGAACAUCCGAGACAUCUACCACUUCAACAGCGAGCUCCUGCAGGACCUGGAGAGGUGCAACGCGGAUCCUGUGGCCAUCGCAGAGUGCUUUGUGGCCAAGAGUGAAGAGUUUCACAUCUACACUCAGUACUGCACCAAUUACCCCAGGUCGGUGGCUGUGCUGACGGAGUGCAUGCGGAACAAGGCGCUGGCGAAGUUCUUCCGGGAGCGGCAGGAGUCUCUGCAGCACUCCCUCCCGCUGGGGUCCUACCUGCUCAAACCCGUUCAGCGCAUCCUGAAAUACCACCUGCUCCUGCACGAGAUAGCCAAUCACCUGGAGAAGGGCACGGAGACGUAUGACGUGGUGCUGGAGGCCAUCGACACCAUGCAGCGUGUGGCCUGGCAGAUCAACGACAUGAAGAGGAAGCACGAGCACGCUGUCCGGCUGCAGGAGAUCCAGAGUCAGCUGACCAACUGGAAGGGUCCGGACCUGAUCAGCUACGGCGAGCUGGUCCUGGAGGGAACCUUCCGGAUCCAGCGGGCCAAGAACGAGCGCACGCUGUUCCUGUUCGACAGGCUGCUGCUGGUCACCAAGAAACGAGAGGAGACGUUCACGUACAAGGCCCAUAUCCUGUGCUGUAACCUGAUGCUGGUGGAACUCAUACCAAAAGAGCCUCUGAGCUUCAGUGUCUUCCAUUACAAGAACCCCAAACUGCAGCACACAGUGCAGGCUAAGUCCCAGCAGGACAAGCGCAUGUGGAUCCUUCACCUCAAGAGACUCAUACUUGAAAACCACCCGGCAAAAAUUCCAGCCAAGGCCAAGCAGGCCAUUUUGGAGAUGGAUGCUGUGCAUCACCCAGGAUUCCACUACAGCCCUGACGGAGAGAAGAAGUUCCCCCCCCACGCCAAGGAGGGCCCCGCCACCCGGAGGGUGAGGAGGAAGUCAGAGCCCCUGUCCAAGCUGCUGAAGAACUCCAAGCAGAGCGCCAACUCAGAUGCCCAGAAGCGGAGCAGUUUGGGGGUGACCCUCCUGUCCCCCGUCUCUGCGCUCAACCCCAGGGAGGGCAUGCUGGCCUCCAUUGGUCGAACCCGCAGCCUGGUGAACCAAUCGCAGGAGUCGUUGGACCCCGGGGACCCCAGCGACACGGAGGACAGCGCUCACCUGCAGGACGCCGACGACGAGGACGACACCUGCCCGGGUUCAGGGAAGAAGUUCAAAAUCCAGGCAAGAGCAGCUCGGAAGAGACUCAACCCUCAGGUGUCGGUGGACAGCAUCGAUAAGUGGCAGAAUUUCAACAUGAGUGCGUGCGAUUUACAGACUGCCAAAGAGUCCCUGCAGAUGGAUGCAGGCCACACGCCCCUCGGGGGAGUGUCCCGGCCGUCAGACCCCCACCACGCAGACCCCCGCCUGGCCUCCGUCCUGGGCGCCGCCUCCCUAGUGCGGAACAUCUGGACGGACCACCAGAUCCGGCGAGCAAUGUUCCCGCCCCGCCAGCAGACCCUGCAGGGGGAGGACGAGGACGACAUCUACCAAAUGUUCCUGCCCUCCGACCCCCCCGUCCCAGAGCAGGCUCGGGACAGGGCCCCCCAAGCCCGGCCCUGCAGCUGGCACAUGGAGCAGCCGGCGGAGGAAGAGGAGGAGGAGGAAGAGGUGGCGGCCCCCGCUGGUCGGAGGAUGUUACGACGGGCGAGCAGCGUCGGGGAGAAUCGCUCGGAGAGCCACGCCCCCCUGGAGGGCGCCCUCACCGAGACCUCCAGCAACGUCUCGGGCUCCGACUCGGCCGAACGGCUGACCCCCGACGAGGUGGAGAUCGUCUACGACAACAUCAGCUACGAGGACCUCAAGGCCAUGGGCCUGAUCCGUAGGGUGGAGUCGGAGAACUCUCGAGCCCGGGCCGGGGAGGACGCCCGCACCCCACCCCAGAACAAGGAGUCCGGAUCCAGCUCAGAGCCCGUGGAGAGACCUCCCUCCAACGAGGAAGGGCUGUCCGAAACGGCAGUUCCGUCUGAGAAUCGCGCCUCCAUCACCUCCUCUACCGCCUCCACCUGCUCCGCUGCAGAAGCUCCCGCUCCAGUGAAAUGUGAGCUGGAGAUCGUGGAGGAGAACAUCUACGACACCAUCGGCCUCCUGGACCUCCGCCUACCGGAGGUGUUGGUGAGCGGGGUGGAGUCAGAGGACCAGAGGCAGGAUGUCCCAGCAGUUCCAGAGCCGGUCUAUGCAAACUGUGAAGUGGUGGUUUCGUCGGUCUCUGAGGAGACCCUGCGGGACGUCGGGGGUGAAGUACGAGACCCCGAGUCCUCCUCCACCUCAGACUCGCUCCCCCGUGAGCAGGCUGGUCCCUCCUCCACCCAGAACAGGAUGACGGAGCGGGUGGACGAGAUCUGGAACGACCUGGAGAACUACAUCCGGAAGAACGAGCGGAAGCAGGAAGCCCGUCUCCUGGCCGCGUUCCCCGUGGGCGGGACGGAGGGUGGGGCCACGUCCACGUCGACACCGGCCCAGCCCAGAAUCCCCACCCUCAACAUCCCCGCACUCCUCAGGGAGGAAACGAUGGAAGAGGAUGAGGAAUCCCGUCCGACCCCGUCCGUGCCCCGCCCGCUCCCUCACCCUCCGUCCCCCGUUGUCGCGGAGACCGUCACGGGCACCGUCAGGGCGGCGAAGAGCAAGCUGCAUCGGCUGAGCGGCGGAAGCUUCCGAUUCGAUGACGGCGACGACGCCGACUUCCAGAAGGAGGAGGAGGAGGAGGGAGGGAGCGGCACUCUUCUGGGCCUCAGCGGGAGCAUGUUCCCUGGGGACCUGGCCAGCCUCGACCACACCGUGGCCUCCACCGGAGCCCGCUUCCACCUCCCGGGGUCCGCCGGGGAACUGCCGCUCGACUGGGGCGACAAAACCCGGAACCGCGUCUUCCUCAUGGCCCGGCAGUACAGCCAGAAGAUCAAGAAGGCCAACCAGCUGCUGAAGUUGAGGAACCCGGAGCAGGAGCAGGCGGGCGGCCGCUCCAGACCUAGGCAGAAGGACCUGGCCGCCAUUUUGGAGGAGAAGAAGCAAGGAGGAGCCGCCAUAGGUGCACGGAUUGCGGAGUACUCUCACCUGUACGAGCAGGUGGUGUUCAGAGAGAUGCCGGCGGGCGGUCACAAGCCGCCUCGCAGUAAUUCGGUGGACCCCGAGUCGCUGCAGCGGAGCUCUCAGUCCGACUCGGAGGGUCGCGGGGCGGAGGAGGACUGGCUGCACUCCACCUACAGCAACGGCGAACUCGCCGACUUUGUCUGCUGGCCCCGAGACGCCUCCACGCCCCGUCCCAAACUCACCCCCGCCUGCUCCGUCCCGGCCCUCAAGACCCUCCCCAGCCAGCCCCUGCCCCUGCUCCCGCCCAAUCAGAGGUGGAGCGCCUGCCUGAACCAGCCAAUCACGGAGAGCUUAGACCAGGAACACAUCUACAGCUCGCUGGGCCGUCGGUCCGGGACGGGUACCUCCCCCUCCAAGGCCCCGCCCCACGGGAGGUGUCAGUCUAUCUCCUCUAUCGUGGCGGCCGUGGGGAAGGCGGGAGGCGACCCAUCGGGGAAGGAGAACAGCCAGGCGGCCUCCAAUCGAGGGUCAGGAGGUGGGGCGAAAACCCCUCGCUUCCCCGUCCCGAGUCUGGGCCAGGCGGGACGACAGCACAGCCUCCCGGAGAAGUCGUCGUCGUCGUUGUUUUUGUCAUCGUCUCCGCCGUCGAACGGGAGCUCGGAAAUGACGCUCCGGGACGGCCGGCAGGUGGUGGUGGUGAGCAGGUCCCCCCCUCUCACGCCCCAGGCCGCCACCCAGAACUACCUCGCCAACUUCAAGGACAACGGGGACGGCGACGACGACGACGACGAGGACUACGUGGAGAUCAAGUCGGAGGACGAGGAGCAGGACCCACCGCCGAAGGCCGACCCAGCGCCCACCUCCCGGCCCUGCUCGGACAGGCAGAGCGGCAGGGGCCUCAUCCAGUCCCAGAGUCUCCCCUGCACCCCCGUGAAGUCCUGCCACCACCCCGCCAUCAACCCUGCGGUCCCCCUCCACGCCUUCGCCGACCAGGGCAAGCUCAGCGACUACCUGUGGAGUGAGCCUCAGGGCUCCCCCAAGAUAGUGCAGUCACUGAGAGACAAGUUCCACUGCCUCAGCUCCAGCAGCUUCGCCUGAGGCACAUUACUGGCAUUAUUGUUAUUACCAUCCAUAUUAAAAAUUCAGUUUUGUGUACCGGUAUCCAUUCUCGCUUGGGCAACCCUGAACAUUGCAAACCCUGCUUGAGAUGUUUCGACAGUCACAGGCUAAUACCAUGGAGCCUGUUUCAAGAAACAACAUCCAAGAAUAAUUUAUAUCCUUCCACACUUUUUUUUUUGUUCUUUUGUUCGUUUUGUUUUUCAAGUAUAAAUUUACGGUAUGUAUAUUUAAGAAAAUGAUUAAAAAGAGAAUACAUCGAACAGCUUGUUUACCGUAGUUUACGUAGCACUAAAGUUUAAACUCAGAGGCUCAGCUCAGACUGCGUGUGGGCUAAGGAUUAAAGGGAUCUUCCUUGCACACAUUGAGAGUUCGCAUCAGGGCGGCUGUACAUAGAUGUUGCUGCGUAGAUCUGCUAAACAUAGACGUAUGCAGUAGAGUUCCCCGGCGAGGUAUAAACAUUCUGCAAACCCGUUCUAUUUCAGACUCCUCAUGGAGUAUGGGUGCCAUGUUCAUCACGGAAAAAUUAAAUAAAGACCCCCUCCCCCCCUUCAUUCGUCUUCUCACCCUUAAUCCCCAGAGAACCCGGUACCUGUAUAAACCAUGCGCAGGCAUGAAAAGGCAGUCCACGUAAAAUUAUGUUUGGCUCACAAGUAUGAAAAUGUGCAUUUUUAGCUGUAUUUUUCUAAUAAGGACAUUCACAUCACAGCUCUGUCUUUUAAAAUAAAUUGUUUUAAACGUAGUCUAUUUAUCUGCCUAGAUAAGAAUGUCACAGUCCAGAGCAUUGGCCCUCUUCAGUGUAGCCGCGAGAAUCUGCCGUCGCUUUUGCGCAUCGCUCACCGAGAUUUCGAAUAGUUUUAGAUGCUGACUAAUUUGUGCAUUCGAUAACCGCAUCUCCCACUCAGGAUUUAACGAACGAUAGUAAAAUUAUAAAUUAGGUAUGUAUGCUUUUAGACAUGGAAUGUCCAUAUAUAUAUUUAAACUAUGUGCGCAUAAAUGGUAUUUUUGUAAUAAGGGUUUCCAGCAAUGUCUUCCAGGUGUAUGCAUCAAGAGUGAUAAUUAAAUUCGUAUUAAAAUGAGAAGAGAUCGGAAUUUAAUCAAGAUAGUCUUGAAGAAAUGUACAUAGUCGUUACAACUAAAUACGCUAAGCAGCAAUAGUAUCUUAUUUAUUUCAAAACUACAUGCGUGAACUGUUUUUAAAUAUAUAUAUAUUUAGGCCACAGUGUAGGUAACUGUAGUUUUGAGUAAAAUAUAGUGUUACUGGGCAGGUCAUUUGUGGUAAUAACAUAAAACGUUUAUUUUAUAUGAGGGACCACCGAAAACAGAUUUAAGGUUGUUGGUUUUUUUUAAAGAUAAGGAGUACUGUACCAAUGUAUAUGUUUAUUAAAUUUGCCAUGUUCAUCAGGUUAUGAAUUGCAUUUUUUUUGGUUUAUUUUGUGUUGAUAUUGGGAUAGUCCCACCCCCCUCCGGUAAAACUACUGAUGUUCAACCAAUAACGGUUUCCAUAUCACUAAUGGAUACCUGUCUCACAACACUGUCUCUCUCACUCCUGUAUGUUGAAGCACACUGAGGUUUUAGAAGUUUCAGAUUGUGAUUAUUGAUGGGGCUAGACCUGGGUUAAUCCAACAAGUUAGACCAAACUGUCAUGUUCCAGCUGAUAGGAAUGUGUAUUCAAAGGUCAAAGCUGCCUCCGGGUGUAAGAAAUUAAAUAAACAGAAAUUAUUGUUUAGUUGUGAUCAGGCGCAUUUCACACCUUAUCGGUCAACGUUAUAAACGUCUUUCUUGUGUUCCUGUUGAUAUUUGCAGUAAUGUGCUCUUCACUGACAUUUAUGUGGGUUUGGUUGUCAUGUUGCUUGUUUUAAAGCUCCUGUUUAUCAUGACCAUAAAGGAGAGCUCUGGCCAGAAUCCAUCAUUUCGAUUUGCUCUGUAAUGUGUAUGAAACCCGGCUUUGACUGUCAAUAAUGCCUUCCAAAAUGGAGCCAGCCUCGAUUCUAACCGCUUUCCUUCCCGACAGUAUUGAGGCUCAGACAGAUCUGACUUACUGUAUUGCACGGCAAUAAUUCACACAUAUUAUUAAACAUGAAAUUAUAGAUGUGGAUUUUUGAUAAAAUGGUCCCUUCAAGGAUAGCAGCAAAUUUGUAAAUUAGAAAAUAAAGAAAAUAUUUAUUUAAAGGCUGCCUGACUUGGGCUGUUUCAGCAAGGUUCAGUUUGGUUCGUGUUUAUACUGUGAAUGUUAGCAAAAGACAAAUCUUUAAGCGCACUGUUCAAGUAGUAACCUUCGUAAUCAGAAUGCCUGUCAUCAAUACCACUGCAUGUACACCAAAACAAUACGAGAACAUGAAGUAUGGCAUUGCUUUUCUUUGUACAUUUACAGUUUUGUUCUUUACUUCAUGGGUGGGUUUGUCUACAUUUUUUGUCCAUUGAACAGUCUUUUGCACUUUUCCCCCCUUUUUUUUACAUUUGAUUUGUAAACACUUUGUAAAGAUGUAUGUACAUUUUAGGAAAGUUAUAAUUUUAUGCUUUAGGUUUGCUUUCUUACGCUCUACAGUCUAAGUUAAGUAUACGUUUUUAACUGCCUAGUUGUCAUUGCUUAGGAAACAAAUGUACGGGAGGCAAUAAAUAAAUGUAAAAUUAAAACAA